GGCCCGAGCCCAACUGCACCCAACAUCUGGUGUACACGUGUGUGUACAUAUAUAUAACAAAUGUAUAUCUCACUCUCGAAUGUUCCUUACGUUUGAGCCUCAUACAAGAAUUCCCAAACUAUCACAAAGCUCUCCUGCACACACUUUCAGGAAGAUGAGUGGAAGAUUAAGUCGAACCAUCUAUGUUGGCAAUCUACCUGGUGAUAUUCGGGAGAGAGAAGUAGAAGAUUUGUUCUACAAGUAUGGGCACAUAGUGGAAAUUGAUCUGAAAAUCCCACCCAGACCGCCUGGUUAUGCUUUUGUUGAGUUUGAAGAUGCCCGUGAUGCUGAAGAUGCUAUUGAAGGUCGGGAUGGCUACAAAUUUGACGGGCAACGGCUAAGGGUUGAAUUUGCACAUGGUGGCCGAGGAUCAUCAUCAGGGGAUCGCUAUAGUAGUUACAGUAGUGGUGGGAGCCGUGGUGGGGUUUCUCGAAGGUCUGAGUAUCGCGUUUUGGUCACUGGAUUACCUUCCUCUGCCUCGUGGCAAGACUUGAAGGAUCACAUGCGUCGUGCUGGGGAUGUUUGCUUCUCUCAAGUUUACCCAGAACGUGGUCAUGGACGCGGUGUCAGCGGAGUUGUAGACUAUACAAACUAUGAUGACAUGAAAUAUGCGAUCAGGAAACUCGACGACUCUCUGUUUAAAAAUCAAUUUUCGAAGGCCUACAUACGGGUUGAGGAAUAUGAUGAGAGACGUGGUUACUCUAGGAGUCCUAGUCGGAGUCCGUAUUCAAGAAGCAGAAGCCGGAGCCGCAGUUAUAGCAGCCGGAGCAGAAGCAGCGAGUCUCCAAGGGCAAAACAUCCUCGUCGUGCUCGAUCCAGGACUCGGUCUCGUUCAAGGUCUAUUCGUUCUGAAUCAUCUCGCUCAAUAUCUCGGUCUCGCUCAAGAUCUAGAUCUCCAGCCUAUGCUUCUCGUCGCCGCAGAUCGGUUAGCAGAAGUCCAAGCAGGGAUAGACGCAUUUCCCGAUCCCGUCGCUCACCUUCGGUGCUAUCUGAUUGAACCAAGACGUUAACAUGAGUGGCUGCUUAUGGAGUAGGACAGAUCUCUGUCUUUGUUUCUUAGUUUCUUUCUUCAGGAGCGAAAGAAAUAGCCUUAUUAGUAUGUAUGACUUGGAUUUUAAAAACAAUUAGGGGUACUACACUUUGGUGGUUAUACUUGAGGCGUUUGUGUUAAAAUUUGAACCGGAGGUUAUGGUCAGAUCUAGACUUUGAAUAUUGUUCCCGACUGUGCUUGCUAGAGAGCAGGACUGUGUUUACUUACUGUGCAAUGGAUAGAAAUAAUCAAGAGUUGGAGAUGGAAUUAUUAUAUUUUAA